UAUAAGAUUUCUACUCUGAAACAUUAAAUAUUGAAAAUUGGGGUGUAUUAGUGGUUAAAUUUUGAGAGAGAGGGGGGAAAGAGAAAGAGUUGGAGAGAUAACAAUGGAGCGAAGGAGUGAGAUCGUGAAGAGAGCAGAGAAACUGGUGGAGGACUUCAUGGGAGGCAACGACGCUUCUCAUGAUGUUGCUCACGUCUUUCGAGUUCGCGAUUUAGCACUCUCUCUUGCAACUGAAGAAGGCCUAUCUUCAUCCCCUCAUUCCAUGUUCAUCGUGGAACUUGCUGCACUUUUACAUGAUAUAGGAGACUACAAAUAUGUUAGAGAUCCUGCCGAGGAGAAGAUAGUUGAGCAAUUUCUUGAACAGGAAGGCAUAGAGGAGAGCAAAAAGAAGGCAAUAGUUGGUAUUGUAAAAGGAAUUGGUUUCAAGGAGGAGCUUGCAGGACGUACAGAUCAGGAAUGCUCUCUGGAAUUUGGGGUGGUGCAAGAUGCAGAUCGUCUUGAUGCUAUUGGUGCUAUUGGUAUUGCUCGUUGCUUCACAUUUGGUGGAAGUCGGAACAGGGUGCUGCAUGAUCCUGCCAUAAAGCCACGAUUGACAAUGUCAAAAGACGAGUACAUGGACAAAGAUCAGCAGACUACAGUGAAUCAUUUCCAUGAGAAACUUUUAAAACUCAAGGAUUUGAUGAAAACACGGGCUGGGCAAAGGAAGGCAGAGAAAAGGCACAAGUUUAUGGAAGAAUUCUUGGAUGAAUUCUACCUGGAGUGGAAUGGGAGUGCUUGAAUAGACGCUUGAUUGAUCAUAGUGAACCAGGAAUUGUGCACUGCUUCAGACGGGUGUGGCCGUGCGGCGAAGUUUCUCUGCCUGUGUUGUUCAUUGCAGACUUGCAGUUGUUAUAAUCAUACUAUCUGAAAAACAUAUGUAGUUCAUUGCAGACUUGCAGUUGUUUACUUAUGACUACAGAUCUUGACAAUGUAUUUGGAAGCCUAUUUUGGUAUGGUUAAGAUAUAAAAACUUCAACAUAAUGAAUGAUGGUUGUGGUUUAUACCUUGUUUUUAGAAGUAAUUUUUAAUCAAUUGUUAUCCAUUAUUUAAGAAUGGAGAAGUACACUGUAUUAUUCCGUGUACAAAUUGCAAACUGUAAUCAUAUUAUGAAUAUUUAAUCAAAAUUCAAACACAAACCUAUUACUAUUGA